UGAAGAUCGUGAUUUGCAGGAACUAUGCAGAGCUCUUGUAUAUUAAUCACGCGCGAUAAGAUUUGCAAUUCUUGCAUAUAUUUUGUUAAUGUGCUGCUGACGUGAUUCAUAUGCCGAAAUUUGCAUCGUGACGCGACUCUUCGACCCACCACAAGCCGCUGCGGAGGACUGUUUACGCUCUCGCUUCGCAAGACUUCCGUACGUGCAGGGACGACUGAACGAAAAGGACGAUCGCCUGCGUGCGGCUAUCCUUGAUGGUCCCCCGUGCCUGUUGACUGCGCGUGAGUCAGUUGUUGCUGUGUUUUAGUGUGAAGAGUGCAGCUCCUAAACGAACCAGGUCUACAAAGCAGCCGAGUCCAAGCGCAAAAGUUCGAGUUAGGAAGAGGUAGAUCCGUGAAACAGCAGCGGUUGCCAAACAACAUAUUCAAGAAAGCAUACGCCUAAUAGUUGCUGGUGGAUGAUUCCUAUGCAUGCAGAAUAAACUGAUCAAUACUUCCGACGUGGCCGCCAAGAACUACUUCGGCUUCCAAGGACAUGCAAGAAUAACAGGAUCAAGAUCCCACUCACGAGAACAUGCAUAGAAGACGAGAAUACAUUUAUCUUUGAAUUGUCAGGGAUUGUUUAACCUGAUCUCCGACGAGGACCCGAGUAAAAGUUCAAGAGCUAAGAGACGACACCAGGUAGAGAUCCAAUCGCCAGCGAACAACAGGAAUUUCCCUUAGCACCGCAAGAGGAAGAGCCCUAGCGUAAUCAGCGUAUUCGCAGCUGCUGGAUCCUCAGGUGGAGUCAUGGUUCCCGUAGGCGAUAGAGAAGCAGUAGCCUCAUUGCGGCCGAGUGGUGGCCAUGAGCGGGAUGAAGAGAGAAGCGAGAAUCAAGGCCAAAGUGAAUUUGAGUUGCCGCUCAAGAGUCACCAGUCUAUCAGCAAAAUGCAGCAACAGCCCACCGAGCGCAAGCGAGACAAGAUGCGUCACAGUAUUUACGAUAUGGCAUACGUGGCGUGGGAAGCGAGCACAGCCCGCAACCUUCUCCCCGUUGGGUGCUAUUUCCUGCUGGUCUACGCGCUGCUUACUUUUUGCAGGUCUUGUUCGAAAAGUUUAUUUGUAUUGAUGUAGUUUCUACUUGUUGAAAAUCUUUCCAUUCAGUUCGAUGUGUUUGGUAGUUGAGAAGUACUAGCAAGCUUCCGCAGCACCAAGUAUCCGUCAUAGAUACAUUGUCUGAUGUCUUCAACUUUUUUUUCUUGCUUUCUGUAACUGCCUUCUCGUUGUCCACUUUUGAAUGUGAUCCUGCUCGGACGAAACCAACCUCAAAUAAUACUCCUGCUGCCCUGACAGGUAUGUGGAAUUUGACCUGUGGAAAUUCCUCAUCAAAAAACGUUACCGAAACACAAUCUACAUGUGGUUUUUACACUGCUUUAUCGCGGUUGUGACAUGCAAGUAUUACUUCAACCGGCGAGUCCGAGAUGUCCUGAAGGGCUGGGUUCGUUUUUGUGUCGUUCUCGAGCGCAAUGAAUACCCAUCCGAAAGACAUCAGGAAGGUGCUGACUCGAGUACAAAGGCGCCUCAAGAUUCUACUUGCGUGCCCUCAUCUGUUGACGACACGAUGAUGGAGCAACAGGACGUCGAGCACCUAUCUCGAGUGUCCAGUAGCGCGUCGCUAGUGUCUUCGUCUGCAUCAGGAGCCGCGUCUUCCGCCAGUUCAAUCAUGAUGAGGGUAAAUGAAGAUGAGCAAGGUGUGAAAGGACAACAAGAUCAUGGUGCCGAUAGUGACGACGCGAGCGUAAAGAAAGUGACGCGGAUCAAUUUUUUUGCCGCGGUGCACAUGCUCUGCAUCCUAACCUGCAUUCAGUGGACUUUCGUGAUUGUUGUGUUUGCAACUACUGUCACGAUCGUUCCUCUGUAUUGGUUUCUGGUAGAUCAAGUUUGGUACGCUGUGUCGUGGUUCUGUAGAAGGACAAUUGCGAAAAUGAGGAGGGUAGGAGAAGCUGAACGUGAAGUAGAAGCACCAAGGGAGUCAGGCGUCCUUGGACACAGUGACGAAAGACAGGUAAACAUGCGUGCUGCAGAAGUUUCUCAUGAUAUAAAUCAAAAUUUUUUAUUGGCUCGAUCCCGUCCGUGAAACAUAAGAAGUUCUUAUUAAGAACCAUAAUUGGACGACUCAUCGAGGAUAGAAGCGUCUUGGAAAUUAUUGGGUCUGAUCUCUAUACGUACUUCUUGAACAACUAUGCAUUAUUAUUAUACGGCCAUCGUAGCUGGAGGAAUAUAAUGACAGAGAGACUUUGACUUUCUGCUCUAUUACCAAUCCGCAGGUUGUCGUCGACUACCCGGCGAGCACGAAAGCUCUGUGGAUGACCGAGGAAACGCAGAGGUUGUUGAAACUCCAAAAUCGUACCUUGCCUACGAAGCGAUUGAGAAUUUUGUUGGUGUGCGAGUAUGCGCCCUGUGAAUUUCAUGGUAUGGCUGUGAGGCUCAAAAAUUUGGUAAAAGAACUGAGCAAGCACCACGAUGUGCGCAUUUUGACAUCACGGUCAAAGGAGCAGCUGCAGAAAGAGGGCUUUAACGAUAUUGCAACUAUUGAGCUGUACCGCGAAAUGGGCGUCUGCUUGCAAAACAUGUGGAAUCCGGGAAACAAAGUGGUAUCAAUUGAUAUAUUAUAAAUAUUAUACGACAUGAUCACAGAUUUUCCAGCACAACAUCUCCCACGUGACAUCGGUGACACCUCCAAGCUUUUUGAUGAUGUUGAAGUCGAUGUUUCUUGUAAGUAAGUACUACUACUAGCAAAAAGUAUGUACUGUUUUUUCGACAUCUUUACUCUUGUCAGUGGAUAUCUCCGAACCUCGGACUAGUGGAGAGCUUUUUCGAUUUCACGCCUGACGUAGUCCACAUAUUCUACCCCUGCGUGGUUGGUCUGCCGAUCUUUCUUCUUUCGCACCUGCUCGAUGUACCAAUCUACUGUUCGCAUCAUGUCGACAUGUCCUAUUACAUGGACAAGUAUUUUACGUUUGCGCUGUGGCAACGCAUGUCGCACUGGUGGUUUUCCUGGUCCGUCCGACUGCCGGCAUACAUUUUCGCAGAUAUCAACGUCGCACCCACGAACAACGCUUUGGACAAAGAGUUUGACAUCCUCUACCGAAACAAGGUCUUCCAAAAAUUUCUCUCCUUCUGCCGCAAUAUGGGCUGCAUGGCGCUGCCGGAUGAGAGUUGUGUCUACUUAAGGAUCAGUCUCAUUUUGUUCAUGCCGAAUACGGAACGUGAACGCAGAAGUGCAACUCGCUUUCAGUUUUUCGUUUACCACUAACACUAACUUGCUCUUCACUAGACUGUAAACAAUCGCACACAUUGACUUGCAUGGACUACAUGUGGCUAAUGUCCACAAAUUUCUUGGCUCUAAUGUUCAACUCUUGCGAUCACGAGAACACGCAAGGACCUGGACAGUCCUCAUUUGCGCCGACUCUUCAAGGACUCGACGCAACAGAACAACAGGUACUGAUUAGGUAAUGUUUUUGAACUCGAAUUGUUCGGCAUGGGCACUAUCAACAUAAUCACAUGUGUAUAUAUGUUCCAGGGCGCGGGGCGACGGUACCCCCCCCAGCCUACCGUGCGCCCUGGUCCCCUUUUUAAGGCGUCUGCCGGGGGGGAGGCCUCAAAAGGGGGCCCAGUGACCUCCCCCCUCCGCUCCCUAACAGCUGCCUGGCUGUUCCCUAGGGGCCUCCGAUGAUGGUGGGAGGCUUCAAAAGGGGCCCAAGGGACCGCCGGCGCCCCCGUCCAGGUGCCUGCCUGUGCCCUAAGUGCAUCCGUUAGGCUUCUCCGCCGCAGCAGUGCGCCGGCAGCGGAAGGCCUCCGAACUCCGAAGGCGGCAACAGGCGAGGGGCUGGACCCCCUGAGCCGUGCCGCCUGUACCCUCCGGGCCCUUGGUCAUCGGCUUGCUUGCUCUUGCGACGGUGGCCGCCUUCGGCGGCCUUUUACCCCGGAAACCUCCCGCCUGCGAGGGUCAGCAGAGGGCAGGAGGCCCCUCAGGAACACGCUGAGAGGCCCAAGGGGAGGCCCGCGCCAAGUUUUGACGCCUUCCACCACUAGAAUCCGCGAAAAAUACGCGCGGAAAAGCGCGCGCGCGCGCCACCACAGACCAGACCACAGGGGAAAGGGAGGGGGGGCCGUCCGGCCUUGAGUCAUAUAUAAAGACAGCGACUCGCUCCUGCGCCUAGCAGAGGUUGCAUCAACACACCAACAGCAACACUAUGCGGAAUCGGUUGACGGCGAUGACGUGGAUAGCAGUCGUGCAAGUACAACAUCGUCACAAGCUGGGGAGGACUCCCUGGAUGCCGCUGUGGAUGAUUCUCGAGCCCCGUCUCCACUGGUUGAGUCGUGCUUUCGUUCCCGAAGCAGGUCUACGAUUACUUCCUCUCGUCGGGGCAGUUUUAGUAGCACGCCGGAAAACGGAGCGGAUCAGCGGCCAGUAUCUUCUCCAGCACGCGGUGAAGCUGCAGACAGUCCUUCUACUACGAUUUCCGUAAAUGGUACUGUGCGGCCAUCUAUGAUCGCAAGGACGACGAAAAACCUGCAUGAUGUUUUUCUCUGUGUGUCUCAACCUGAAUCCGACGAGCACACUCAGUCAAGAGAGGAGCAUGUUGCACAUCGUACAUCUACCAGUACUCUUGUACCCGGUCCUCGCGCUGAAGCGUACAAACUGCUAACGAGUAGUCUCUUGCGGAAGCUUCCCGAUGAAGCGAUGGAUGACCGCAUGACGGCCAGUACCUACAGUGGACAAUCGAGCAGCAACCAUUCUUGGACCAGUACGGGCAGCUACCUCAAGCGCCUACGACGGGGACCUACAUUCAACUUCUCGGAAUACAUCAUCCCAACUGCAGUGGGCUCCAUUUUUAAAUCCGACACUGAGAGAAAGUGCGACCGAAACAUCAUACGCGCGAACUGCAACAUUCAUGAAGAAGCGAAGAUCAUUCUUAUGGUCCAGAGGGUACCAUACAAAUAAUUUGGAUUCGAAGUGUAGUUGUAGUACGUAGUCUACUUUCUUUCUUCGAUUAAGCCGUCAUAACUCGUCCGUCAAGAGUGAGCUGCAAGCGCAAAUUUGUGUAUAAGUCGCAUUGUAAUUGUUUAUCAGUAUCAUGAGGAUGAGUUCCACUUCUCAAUCAACAUGAAGAUUACAACCUUGAACACCCCGUUUGUUGCAUACCCAUUUCCAGAUCGCACCAGAGAAGCGCGUUGAAAUGGCGAUCCGACAGAUGCCGCAUCUGGUCGGAAAAUACCACUUGGUCAUCGUCGGGAACGGUCCCUCGUAUCGGGAUUGCGUGGGACUGACGCAAGAGCUUUACGGUGCUGAGCGUGACGCUUUCGAAAAGCAUGAUUUCCGUUUUGACAUUUUUGAAGAAGCUGCAAGCGCCGUGCACGUCCUUGAAAAGGAAGCGGAGGAUGCAGUUCGUGGUGAUGCGUGUUGUAACGAGGAAAAAGUCUCCUCGAAGUCAACAACAGCGUCGAGCUCGUCUUCAUCUAGCGAGAUGAAUGAGAACGAAGCACCUGCUUCUACUUCUGCUUUAGCCAGAACAAAGCGAAACGAACUGAACGUGACGUUUCUGGGAAUGCAGAGUAACGAGAAGCUGCCUCUGUUGUACCAGAAUGCGGACUUUUUCCUUAGCUGCGCCGUCUCCGAGACCUUCGGGAUUACUGUGAUCGAGGCUCUCUCGUGCAAUCUGGUUCCGAUCCUCGCCCACUGCCAGGUGUUCGAAGAGCUCUACCAAGCGUCUCCGUUCAUCAGUGAGUGCAUGUUUCACGACGGCGCGCAGCUGCUUAGCACGCUGGAUCGACUGUACACCACCCGCAUCCCAACCGGUGAGGAACUGCGCUACCAACUGCGGGACUCCAUCUACUUCUCCUGGGAUCGAGCAGCGGAGGCGCUGGUAGACCAGUACCGCCAGGUGAUGUGCUUCCGCAAGGCGUUUUCCUGAUGUAAUGAUUAGGAGCUUUUAUGAACAUAGAUGAACUAGAUGAACAUGGCAGAUUUGUCUUCCAUGAAGGAGUAGGGGUUUUUCUAGUAAAGCGGAGUUUUCUCCAUCUCCAUUCAUCUUCGUCUUUCGAUCUUCACAAUUUUUCUGAUCGUGUGGGCGUGACGGUCUAUUUUUUCAGAAAACGGAAAAUCGGACUACGGAGAUGAAGAUGUGACUACUAAGUUUAGUAAGUAGGUGGAUGAAGGGGAUCAUGUUUUUGUUUAGAUGUGCAGCCGGAGGUUCUACUGCUAUUUCUAAUGACUUCUAUUGACGAGAAACUUUUAGUUUUCUGGAUGUAGUUGGCUCGCCAUGCCGUGCUCUUGAUUAGAGUACGGCGAUGGACAUAGAGCAGGAUAAAAGUAGGCCAAUAUCAAGCUCAAAAAUGAAGUGAUUAGAGACAGCGGGGACGGGUGUCUUCUCGUCUCGUGUGUAGAAUCGCCUUGUAGGUUUGCAUAGACCUGCAGCGAACACCGUACCAGCUACUCAUGUGCAGAGUUUUUGGUCAGGGUCGUCCAACCCUUUGCGUAUAGUUUCCACCGACGAACAUUGUAAUCCUAAUCGGACUUGGUUCUUAUUUAUUACUAUUGCCGAGGACAUAGAUUACAAUAAAGCGACAGUCGUCCGAAGAGCGACAUCUUUUACAUAUAAUUUCAAAUCACAGAAGCUGAGGUACAUUAAGAUUCCCGAUAGACCUAGGUAUUGGCUUCCGAUAACUGCUAUAUGAAAUUGUCGACAUGAUCCUUUGCAACCAGCGAACACCACGUAGUCAUGAUCUAGCCAAUGCUGUUUACCAUUUUGAAACAAAAUUGUUUUCGAUUGUGUAUUUAUCUUUGGGAACAAAUGCAAAGGAUCAGAGCAUAAAACGAGUCGCGAACAACACCAGGCAACUACGAGCCGUCUUCCAGAGCUUUAUUUACAAGGUAUCGCACAUGCUAACUUAGUGGUGCGAAGCGAACCGCGUAUUUCCACAAUCUUCAGGAAAACAUAAAAUCAUCUAGGUAUAUCGCAUGGGGUGCUCGACUCAUAAUAUUAUUGGGGGCCUCAAUUUAAACUUAUGAAUAUUAGAACACAACUAGCAGUAUACCAGGGCAGGCCGGCGCAGGACGACUACUAAUACCACUACGCAAGAAAUAGCAUAGAAGGAAAGAAGAUAAUGCACGCGACCCGCCGCACUGAAACUAUUGACUUGCGCCGUCCUGGGUCGAUUUUCCUAGCACUGGGAAAGUCCUCGUCUAAUUUGAUUUUCUUCGCUUCUUCAGCAAGCGCGUCUGGAUUCGGCGCACGCGGUGGGGACAAUGUCGCUCCCUCAUAUCGCUCCCCAGCGUAGAGGUGCGGCAGUCGCAGCUGCGGGGAGGACACCGGACAACACUGGGGUUACCCUUUCGACGUUCUCGGAAUACAAAAAAAUCUGAUUGAUCGGCUGACCUUCAUUCAGUUUUUGCAGCGACCAAUAUGAUUUUUUGACGACCUUCGCCCCAACGUGGAUGAUUGAAAUCAGCAUCGUUCAUCUCAAUGCCCUUUCCCUAUACGCGCCGACAUAAUUUCUUCCUUUUGCCCUUUCGUGUACUAGCUUCGCGACGGCGGCGCUUUCCCUCCUUCGCUGUUGUGGGUCUACUAAGUGUUUGUCAAUAGCCAUGCGUCAGCAUAACAUAGGGCCAGAGAAGUCUCGUUGUUAAUAUCUACAAUGACAUAAAAGUAGUCCUCGCAACAAAAAAUGAAUGAAAGAAUGAGGGUAGAUAUCAGGGUUUGCAUGUUAUAAAUAUGAUAAGUUCUAGAAGUACAGAGUCUAUGACGCUGGCGUCGCAAUCUGUAUCGUGAAUCAAAUUGCUCUGUGAAUAAUCACUCUUGUAUUUAGUUUUUUUUUCCUUCUCGUUUACGCCAGAAAUAAUGUGUAGCUGUAGUUUCAAUUUUUCUAUUUGUUAUUGUUUCAUCUGUUCUUCCUGUGGACCUGUGUCGCGUAGGAGUUUCUGCUUCGUGCACGAAGACCAGGGAAGGAGCUAGAUGGCUAUAAGUGGGUCUGUGAAAAUCGCCCAGCGAAGUCGUCAUAUGCUUGGUGAUCUUGACAUCACAUCUUUUGAACAAGAAGCUGGAACGCUGCAGAAGAUUUUUCUAUCGUCUUUGCUGAAAAAGAUACAGGCCUACCUCCAGAUUGUCGGAUCAUUUCGGGAGAAGGAGACUCGACAUCAAGAAAUUGGCUAGCUACAUGUGGAAUAGGCUGUAUGCAUCGCUACUAAGAAUGGCAAUGCACACAGGAAGACAUAAAACUAAGUAAUUAAAGAUCAAGGGAAUACACCAUAGAUUGCCAAUAUUCUUUUAGUUUCACAUAUAUAUAUAUAUAACAAGAUCAAAAAUAGCACCCACGAUCUGCAUCAUGGAAGAACGAAAAGAAUCAAGGCGAGGCGUCAUUAUCUGUAACUAUUUUCAGAGUCGCAUAUUACUAUUAGACUAGGUGGAAGUCGGCUGUCGAUUAACGUUACUCAGGUUGGCUGGUAUGGUCUUGGACUUGGUAUGGUGUAGGGGCGGCCUAUACCAAAAUGAGUUUGUCACUUGAUGAUGACAGAGUAGAGGCAUCUUCACCAAAUUCACCAUCCGAGCCUAAGCAUAACGGCGAAGCCAUAGCCAUCACGAGUUCACAUGUCUUGUAUGCCUCAAAAAUAGUGAGCCGACAAUCGUCGUUGGAGUUUACGAUAAAACAAUAAGUACCGCCAGCAUUUCAGAUGCUUCGAUGAAACUUGAACUUCUUCUUGGGUUGAAAGAAUACAGUAAUGCUACGCUAGCAACAAGAAGGGAGCAUGAAGAUACUUGAAAGAAUACUAGAAAGACUAUGAUACACCAGAACGACGCGCACCACAUUUUUAACGCUUCUUCUAUCAAAAAUGAAUUUUUCCUCAAGAUGAAUCCUCUCGCGAUGACUCUGGUCGAAGGAACGCCCUCUAUGACCACAUGUAUAUCUCCGCUCGUACCGGUUGAAUAGCUCGUUUAGUCAACACAUGCGCAACAACGUACUAAAUCUACUUCAAUAAAGUUCUU